AGUAGUUACAAAAAGGGUGCACAAUAUACAAAAAAAGCCCAUCUUAUUUAAUAAAUUGUGAUGAUGUCAUAUCACCCGAAUGCACAAUAUGUUUUUCUUGCAGUGUGUGUGUUUGUAUGUGAUGGCAGAGCUCCCAUCAGGACUGCUGGAGGCAUGUGUAGUGCUUGGAGCCCACAGUGAUAAGCUUCGAGACAUAUACCAGCAGAGUAAGUUAACCGAACUCCCCCUGCUGGAAGCUGAAGUACUGCAAGUCCAUGCACCACCAUUUGUGUCCAAGGAGACCAAUUGCAGCCAGGUGAUUGGUCCAGCGUUCAGCCGUGUGCAAAGGAGGAAAAGUUUCAUCAAGAAGAAGAGGCGAGAUCGCGGUGCAGAGGCUUUACCUAAUGGAGAAACAGUUCAUCGUGCUGAGGUGUCCUCAGCGACAGAGGACAUCAGCGUUCCAAAGGAUCUAGACCUCAUUGCCCUACCACAGCUCUGUUUCCCCGGUGGUCUUCAGCUAGCCAAUGAGCUGAAAGAAGACAGUUAUCAUUUCCUGGUUUUUACUGACCUGUUUGGGAACCGGACCCAUGGAGUUGUUUUGCAGUACUACAGAGCUGUGCAGUCCUGUCAGGAAGGCAUUGUCCAGAACGGUCAUAGGUGGAAUCCAUCCAAGUCCCGUCUUUAUGCACCCUAUGCUGUGUGUGUCAUCUCGAAGUUCCCCUACUACAAUGCCUUGAGAGACUGUUUGUCAUGUCUCCUUGUCCAGUUGCGACCUGCAAGACAAGCCGACUUCGAGGAGACAAUCAAGGAGUUUUCAGCCAAGUUGUCUCUCGUCCCUUUACCACCUCCUGGACAGCUACAUGUGUCCUUCAGCCUCCGUCCUCUCCAGGUGGUUCUUCCAUCUAGGGAGGAUCAGGACAGCCCCCUUAUCGACAUCGACCUGCAUCUACCUUUCCUUUGUUUCUCACACACGACACUGCUCCAGGUAUUGUCCUGCCUCCUCCAAGAACAGAGGAUAGUCCUUUUCUCUGCUGACUGGGCCAGACUCACUCUGGUUGCAGAGAGUCUUUUGCUGUACCUGCAGCCUCUGUCCUGGCAGCAGCCAUAUGUUCCUGUGCUGGCUAGAGGAAUGCUGGACUUCCUCAUGGCUCCUACUGCCUUCCUGAUGGGAUGUCACAUCAGUCAUUUUGAAGAGGUCGCUGCAGAGACAGAGGACCUAAUCCUUGUGAAUGUUGAUGAUGGCAUCAUUCAGUCAUCCUGCUCUGAAACUCUUGACCUACCAGCUGUCCCUGUGGCUGCAGCUGAGAGCUUUACAUCAAGGGCAGAGUGUCUCCAGCUUCACUAUGACUUGGAGUUGUGUCACCUCGGAGCAGGCACUGAUGCCAACGUCCUGCGAAGUCAGCGCAGAGACUGGCAGAAACGACUCAACAAACAGAUACAGAACAUCGCUCUGGAGCUAGUGGUCAACAUCUUCAGAGAUGUCCAGGAUUUUCUAAACCAUGAACACAGAGUUUUUAACAGUGAGGAAUUUCUGAGGACCAGGGAACCAGCAGAUCAGCCCUUUUACAAGAAGGUGUUAGAAACUCAUAUCUUCCACUCAUUCCUGCGAGACAGGCUAAACAGGAAACGUGACACCUUCAGCCGCAUGGAGCAGACCACGCGUAACCAUGCACAUAGGAAUCGGGCAAUGACAGAGUCUCCUCGACGUCCUCCCAUGUCUGAACUGUCCAAGAGCAGCUACAACAGCUACACAAGCCCAGAUAACAGACUGAGCAAGAGGCUAGGAGCUAGCUUGCCAAACCUAGAGCAACCUGCCAAUGAUGCCACAACUGCCAUCAGGUCCAACAGACCAGCCUCACUCAGGAAAAUGACUCCCGAUAUUGGGUUGAAGUCUCCUCAGCCAGUAGUCAAGGUUUUCCGUCUCCCAGAGUUCCCCCCUCCUUUGGCCUAUCAUUACGUCCAAAACUAUUAUUCUGACAUGGUAGCUUCCCUGGGGAAGGCUAUUAACGCUACACCACCUGAUGUAUCUGCUCUGCUGGCCAGAUAUCACUACCUGCGUGGUUUAGUAAACAUCGUAUCCAACAGGCGUCUGGAUGCACUAGAGGACUUCCAAAGUCUUUAUAAAACCGACUCAGACAUCUUUCCAUCUCGGAUGGUUAAGUCGCUGGUGGACUCACUGCUUGAAGCAGAGCGCAUACAGGCGGACAAACGUCCAGAACUCAAACGGCUCAUCAGUCGGCUCAAGAGGGACCAGGAACGGGAACGCGCGCAAAAUGGCGACGGGCAUGAGGAAGGUGCUGUGAAACGCUUCCAGCUACCGAAAAAAUACAUGCAGCUAGAGGAGUUUGUGAAAUGUGUCCAGGAGUCCGGCAUCGUGAAAGACCAAGGAACCAUUCAUAGACUUUUUGAUGCUCUUACUGUUGGUCAUCAGAAGCAGGUUGGUCCAGAGUUGUUUAGAGUUUUUUACACCAUCUGGAAGGAGACUGAGACUGAAGCACAAGAGGUGUCUUUACCUGCGUCUGUGUUGGAGCACAUUGAGCCCAGCGAGUGCGUCUUUAAGCUGUCCUCCUCAGUCAAGACAAGCCGCGGUGUGGGGAAGAUCGCCAUGACUCAGCGACGGCUUUUCCUCCUCACUGAUGGACGACCGGGAUACGUGGAGGUGGCAAAGUACAGAGAUUUAGAGGAGGUGAAGGUGUCCUCGGCUCCUUUCUUGCUUCUGCGAAUCCCCAGCCUGAAAUUACGUGUUCGGGGAAGGAAGGAGGCAUUCGAGGCCAAUCUGAAAACUGAGACUGAACUCUGGAACCUGAUGGUCAAAGAAAUGUGGGCCGGACGCAACAUGGCUGACCAGCACAAGGACCCACAGUACAUGCAGCAGGCUCUGACCAAUGCUUUGUUAAUGGAUGCAGUAGUGGGAAGUCUUCAGACUAGUAAGGCCAUUUAUGCUGCUUCGAAGCUGGCUCACUUUGACCGCAUCAAGAUGGAAGUACCCAUGAUGGUCCCCAAGACAACUGCAGAGACACUGAAGCACAAAAUUAACCCUUCACUUGAACUGGCUGCACCUCAAGCAGUGGAUGUACUUCUAUACACACCAGGUCAGUUAUGGGUGUCUGUGAGUGGGGGGAAGGUGAUGGUGUUUGAUGCCUCCAGCUGGUCCCUCACACAUACCUGCCAUGUUGGGAACGCAAGACUGAACUGUAUGCUGGGAGUUGACAAAGACCAAGUCUGGAUGGGCUCUGAGGACUCGGUUAUCUACAUCAUCAGCAUGGUGGCCAUGGUCUGUAACAGACAGCUGACUGAGCACAGGGCAGAGGUCACCGGACUGGCACUUGACACAGACAAAUAUAGUCAGAAGGUGGCGUACUCCAGCAGUGCAGAGGGAACCGUGAUGGUGUGGGAUAUCUCAACACUACAGGUUAAGAAGCACUUCCGCCUUUCUUGUGAUCGUCUGCAGUCCGUCUACAGCUGUAACAUAUCGCUCUGGUGCUGCUCCAGGGACAGCAUAAUGGAGGUGUGGAGGAACGGUUCAUUGAAACAUCGACUGAACCUGCCAGAGCAACACAAAGGGUCCACUGCUUCAUUCAGCUCUAUACUGCUAUUACCUGAGAGGGAAGAGCUGUGGAGUGUGUGUCUGGACUCAGGAGAAGUGUGUAUUUGGCAUAUUAAGGACACCACAAAACCGUUCCAGCGUGUGGUGCUACAAGACUGCACCGGAUGUUACUGUAUGAUUAAAGUCAAAAAUCAGGUGUGGGUUGGAGGUGUAGCCCGCAGUUCUACCAAAGGGAAGAUCUACAUAGUGGACACAGAGCGCCACCAGGUCCUGAAAGAGCUUCAUGGUCACAACGACAAAGUGACAACGCUCUGCUCUGCUGAGGAUCGGUACAUCCUCAGCGGCGCUGCCAAACACGAUGGAAAGAUCGCCAUCUGGAAGGUGGAGUAGGGAUGUUUUGGAACUGGAAAAGGACACAUUUCAGAGUUUGAAAUAAAGCCAUAAUUUCAUUAAAACUGCGACUGGAGGAAAGGAAGGGGGGAUCAAAAUAACAAUCUCAAUCUGAAGAGAUAUCAAGGAAUCACAUGGCAGCCAUGUGAAGCAAGUUAAAAUGAUUGUUUACAUAAAGUGCCACCAACUGAGCAGCUCCUCUCGCCCGCUAUGAAGUGGUUGCUUGCAAUAAGAAAUACUAUCAUGUUUUUUUGGAAUACGAAGGACAAAGGAAGACUGAAAUCAGAAAAAUGGAUGCAAGUUCUGUGGAAUAUUUUUCCAAUCCAAAGUGCUUCACUUUUUUCUGAAGAUUUAUAUUAUAUUUUUUAUUGUUGUCAAACCCCAUUUUAUCUUAUGUUUAAACACACUAGUAUUAUGUGGGAAGCUUUUGUAACUGAGCCUUGCCUCUGACUGUUUUUAGGUGAAUUUGAGAUAUCCUGAAAAGAAAAACAUCAGAGAUCAUAUAUUUCACCCUCCCUGUAGGAAAGCCAAAACAAAACUUUAUUCUCAUGGAAGGUAUGCUUUAAAGGACCAUCUACAGCAGUGAGUGACGGAAGAGAUGACGUAAGAAGACACAAAGUUGGGAGCUGGACUGAAACUCGUGACAUACUGCUGACGUGAUAUUUACAGUCAAGUGUCUCAAGAUAAUCAAAAUUAGUUCUGCAAAAACUGGAAUCUGUCAGCGAAAAAAACCCUACAAUACUUCAGUUAUUAUAUUUCUUAACCAAAUACUUACCUCAUUGCUAGAUAAAGUUUAGUUUUUCUCUAUUUAUUUCCUUAUAAAAGUAUAUUUAUCUGUUACUGUGCAAUUGGUCUUAACAACUACCAUCUUCAUACACAAACUGAUAAAUAUAAUGAUUUUAAGUCUAAAGACUGGGCCAUAUAUAUAAUAUGAAGGCAUUUACUGUGUUACUGUACAUUUUAUUUUUACUUAGAUAUUAUUAUUAAAGUAAUCUUAGAUGCAUCACUUUGUGUUGGUACACAGACCAAAGUUCACAUAUAGAGAACAUAUAGAGAUCACCAAGUUUUCUCAUUCUCUUGUUUUCAGUCUUUCAUGGCCAUUUAGUCUCCAACAUGUUGAGGGACUCUUGAAAAUGAGAGUGCAUGUAGUUCAUACAUUUGUUUUUAACAUAGCGUCAGAUACAACAUAGCAUUAAUUGGUGUAUUUAUGAACUGUAAAUAGCAGAUUUAUGGCAGAUUACGAGUCAAAAGUUUGGACAGUUUUUCAUUCAAGUGAAUGGAUCGUGUGUCUGAACCUUUGACUGGUGCUGUGUAUUUCUCUUGUAAACAAAACUGAUGUGUGUGUGUGUGUGUAUAUGUGUAUAAGUGUGUGUAUGUAUGUAUGUAUAAUAUGAAACUGUAUUUUAUCUCAAAGACCGUUAACAAGAUUUUUACCUUUUUAAACAAUGUACAAACUAA